CUCGAUGAGACCACUGUACCUGCUGCCGCUGUGCUCAUGCCUUCUCUCUUCUGACAUUUGCGCCGACGGGGCUCUCAAUCUCCUGCCCGCCGAGUCCACGGAGGAGGCUCUCGCGGACGUCCGCCAUCUCAUCCUCAGUGGGCGCAUCGCCCUUGAACUACAAGAUCCAGCAAACGCCACCGACAGCGACAGCAACAGCAACACGACCGCACAUGAUGGCGGCAGUGCCGGCGCGACGUCGUUUGAGCCGACAGAAGACGCAGCCGAGGCCGACGACGGAGAAGAAGGGAAUGCAGAUGCAGAUGGCGAUGCGGAGGAGGAGCUGUGGGAGAGGCAUGUGAAGACGAUGUUUUUCCAUCGGUUUCUGCCCCACUUUAAUCUCACUUCGGCUGAUGACGCGAAAAGGGUGCUCCAGUGGCCAGGAGGGUCUACCAGCUGCUCAAGACAGCCGCCGCCAAAAGAUCAGCCUCCCGCGCCAGCUCAGUGCAGCCCGACGGCGAGGCGUCUGUGUCUUCCGGGGACGAGCUCGCCGAGGACGGCAUCGUGGAUGGCGAAGAACUUCAAGCUGAGGAGGCUGACACAGGUGGCGAGUGGGCCAUUGGAGGGAGAGGGGGUGAUGAGAGCGAUGGGGAAGAGCAAGAGGAAGAGCAAGAGCAAGAACAUGGGAGUGAUCAACACGAAGAACGUAGUACGGACGAAAUGCAGACGGCCACGGUAGAAAGAUACCUGCAUCUAUCUUUCCUCACUGCACUGCGUGCCGCCUAGAUAUCUGUGUUGUUUGUGGAUGGCUGUCUGUUCGCCUCAGUUGGUUUCCCUUCAUGCAAUGGAUGACAGCCUCUGCUCGAGCCUGCACCAUGGCCCCUACUGCGCAGGGUUGACCCAGGGGUUUCCCAUCCACACGGUGAGGACACAAAAGGGGCGAUGAUGGGGUGAUGUGAUGGUGUCAGUGAUUUCAAUGCCUGUGGCGUUGGGGCCACGAUGCGUCACUCAUCAGGACGGCAUUCGGCUCUUCACCGCCCCCUCCCUGGCCAGCACGGUAUUUCUCCAUGCCGCCAAGACACCCACGGCAGAGCAGCCCGACACCAAGGACGAGGAAGAGGCCGCGCAGCCGGCGGAAGGCAGUGAGGUGACGGGGCAGCAGAAGAAGGCCCUCAUGAAGAUGCUGCGCAGCAUGAUUGGCAAAGCCGGCAAACGGUCAGUCAGCCGGCAGCAAUCAUCGGUGCAUUGUGGAUGUUGGUCUGGCUGGCUGCGGGUAUGUCUAUGUGCAGGCCCCCAUCCCAGCGCAAGCGCCGGCAGGCUGCCGCCAUGUAGUCUAGUUAGGUAGAGCCCUGAGUGGGCCAGUGGCAUGGUGUAGGCAAAGCGUUGUUGGUGCGUCAACAAGUACACACAUGGACUUGAGUAUUGGAC